UGACUCUGUUGUUGAAUAGAACAUUGGAGAACGGGAACUGCUUGCAACAUCAGUGGGGCCCAGGUAAUUACAUGUGUGCUCCUUGGUCCUGGGCUUGGCUGGAAUGCUUGGGGGUACAGAAGAUCCUUCUAGAGCCUCUCUUUUCCUACCCCAUUUUGAAAAGAUGGCAAAAGUCAACAUAACUAGAGACCUCAUUCGGAGGCAAAUAAAGGAGCGGGGUGCAUUGAGCUUUGAGAGGCAUUACCAUGUCACUGACCCAUUUAUCCGGCGCCUGGGCCUAGAAGCUGAGCUGCAGGGUCACUCAGGAUGUGUAAACUGCCUGGAAUGGAAUGAGAAAGGAGACUUGCUAGCAUCUGGCUCCGAUGACCAACACACCAUUGUAUGGGAUCCCUUACACCACAAGAAGCUCCUUUCCAUGCAUACGGGACACACAGCCAACAUCUUCUCUGUCAAGUUUCUGCCUCAUGCUGGGGAUCGGAUCCUGAUCACGGGAGCAGCUGAUUCUAAGGUGCAUGUACAUGACCUGACUGUGAAAGAGACGAUUCACAUGUUUGGAGACCACACAAACCGGGUGAAGCGCAUUGCCACAGCCCCCAUGUGGCCCAACACAUUCUGGAGUGCUGCUGAGGAUGGGCUCAUCCGCCAAUAUGACCUUCGAGAAAAUAGCAAACAUUCAGAGGUGUUGAUCGACCUGACCGAGUACUGUGGCCAGCUAGUAGAGGCCAAAUGCCUCACAGUCAACCCCCAAGACAACAACUGCCUGGCAGUAGGAGCCAGUGGACCUUUUGUGCGGCUCUAUGAUAUCCGAAUGAUCCACAAUCACAGAAAAAGCAUGAAGCAGGGCCCUUCAGCUGGCGUGCACACAUUCUGUGACCGACGGAAGCCUCUCCCUGAUGGUGCUGCCCAGUAUUACGUAGCAGGGCAUUUACCAGUGAAGCUGCCGGACUACAAUAACCGCCUUCGAGUGCUGGUUGCUACCUAUGUCACCUUCAGUCCAAAUGGUACCGAGCUGUUGGUCAACAUGGGAGGGGAACAGGUCUAUUUGUUUGACCUGACAUAUAAGCAGCGACCAUAUACCUUUCUCCUGCCAAGGAAAUGUCACUCAUCAGGGGAGGUCCAGAAUGGCAAGAUGCCCACCAAUGGCAUGUCCAACGGGCUCCACUUGCACAGCAAUGGCUUUCGAUUGUCAGAGGGCAGAUCACAUGUAAGUCCCCAAGCAGAGCUGCCUCCAUCCUUAGAGCGAGUAAAGCAACAAGCUAAUGAGGCUUUUGCCUGCCAACAGUGGACUCAGGCCAUCCAACUUUACAGCAAAGCUGUGCAGAAGGCCCCCCACAAUGCUAUGCUUUAUGGGAACCGAGCUGCUGCCUACAUGAAGCGGAAGUGGGAUGGGGACCACUAUGAUGCCUUGAGGGAUUGCCUCAGGGCCAUCUCCCUGAACCCCUGUCAUUUGAAGGCUCAUUUCCGCCUAGCCCGAUGCCUCUUUGAGCUCAAGUAUGUGGCUGAGGCCCUGGAGUGUCUGGAUGACUUCAAAGGGAAAUUCCCAGAGCAGGCCCACAGCAGUGCCUGUGAUGCUCUAGGCCGAGACAUCACUGCAGCCCUCUUCUCUAAGAGCGAUAGCGAGGAGAAGAAGAGCGGUGGUCCUGUCCGAUUGAGGAGCACCAGCCGAAAGGACUCUAUCUCAGAGGAUGAGAUGGUCCUGCGGGAGCGGAGCUAUGACUACCAGUUCCGGUACUGUGGGCACUGCAAUACCACCACAGACAUCAAGGAAGCAAACUUCUUCGGCAGCAAUGCACAGUAUAUCGUCAGCGGUUCUGAUGACGGCUCCUUCUUCAUCUGGGAGAAGGAGACUACCAACUUGGUGCGUGUGCUCCAGGGGGAUGAGUCCAUUGUCAACUGCCUGCAGCCCCAUCCCAGCUACUGCUUCCUAGCCACCAGCGGCAUCGACCCUGUUGUGAGGCUCUGGAAUCCUCGGCCAGAGAGUGAAGACCUCACAGGACGAGUGGUCGAGGACAUGGAGGGGGCUUCUCAGGCCAACCAGCGCCGGAUGAAUGCUGAUCCCCUAGAAGUGAUGCUCCUCAACAUGGGCUAUCGGAUCACAGGCCUGAGCAGUGGAGGCGCUGGGGCUUCUGACGAUGAGGACAGCUCUGAGGGCCAGGUCCAAUGCCGGCCCAGCUAAGGCCCAGCCCAUGCCUCCCAUCUCCUCACAGAGGAGGAGGAGGAGGAGGAGGAAGAGGAGGAGGGGUUUGGUUUUGGUUUUUCUUUUUGUUUUUGGG